AGAUGGUGGUGAAGGCGUCUGUAUUCUGUGUGAAGAGGGAAAGUUCAGUGCAGAUACAGGUGUGGCGCCCUGCAUGCGAUGCACCCAGUGCAAUCUGCUGAACCGCCUGGAGAGGACAGCGUGCUCGCCCACCAGUGAUGCCCAGUGUGGUCACUGCCUCCCAGGGUAUUAUGAACUCAGGAGCAUGACUGGGGAAGUGGAGCUGCCAUGUGUGCCGUGUUCCAGUCAUGACACAGUCCAUAAAGAGUGUUUGCUUUUGACAGCUCGUGGCUCUAAAGGAGAGAGUGCUGUCACUGCGUCAUGGGGAGAUUUCAAAGAACCCAAAGAGAAGAGAGUAAAAGAAGAAACAUUUCCAAUGGUCCUGAUUGGUUCAGCAACAGCUUCCUCGAUCUUCCUCAUUGCUCUGCUGCUGUGGGCCGUCCUCCUGACUGCUGAGAGAUUCAAGCACAUUCCUGAGUAUUGUCCCAGGCCUGAGGGACUGUUUCCUGCAGAUGACCUUCAGUACACACCCACGUCCAGCCCCGUAGAGAGAGCAGCCGAACAAUCAGAGGCUCCUUCACAGACACUUGUUCCAGCUCAAGAUCCCCAGAGAGGCCUGAACUCACUGAGCCAUGACAGUGAGGUGCAUCCUACUUCUAUUGUGAUUAACGUCACCACCAACAUUAAACCCUCCAGGCAGAAAGAGGAGAACGUCACACAGGAGGAGAAGCAAAGACUCUGCUGUUCCAUGGAGGAGAUGGAGCAAAAACUUCAGACGAUCUGGGAGGUGGCUCAGGGUCAGAGUAUCGACACCCUCGACUAUGACUCAGUCCAGGACUUGUCCCUGAUACUCGACUCUGCCGACAGCAAGGACACAUUGGGGAGACUUGGGCGGUCUUUGGGUGUCCCACCUCAGGUCAACACCCAUCUUCAAGGCUUCCAGGACCUCUUUCAGUACCUGCGCACCUCCACCUACACACUGCUGCCCCAGCUGGCCCAGGCUGCUGCACUCCUGCCUAAUCCUGAAGUUGUUGCUAGGAUACACAGAGCUGUUGUGACCACUUAGACCCUCAGGAUGUGUUACAGUGACUUCAGCUGUUAUACAGUGUUUCUGGGUCACUUUGGAUGAUGGCACUGUUACCAGAUGCAUCACCCAAUAAGCUUUACACCUACUGUUGGGACACAAAGGCUUUCCUCUUACUGGGAUUAAUUGAUUUUGAGUGGAAAUACUGGGAAUUAAACACCUUUGACAACUGAUUGGACACUUU